ACUGCACGCCGUCGUUGCAAGUUGGGUCUGUUUUCGUUGCGAUAUAGAGCCAGGCAAGUGAGGGAGAUGUACCCCAAAUUUCUCAUAUCUUGAAGAAAAAAAGUCGUAAUCUUGGAAACAGAAAAUCCAAAAUUCAACCAUACCUCCAAACAAAAACCAAAAUCAAAACCAGAACCUAUUUUUGCUUAUAAUAAAACCCAUGUAACACAUAAUAUAGAAAAGGAAAUAAAAAAAAAAAGAGCCCUGUAGAGGAGAGCUUCUGAUCUGAUCCCUUGAACCCAGUGAGUCUUUUAAGAUCCUUUAAUUUCAGGAUUUCAUUAUCAACCACACCAUUCAAUUCAACACGUUUACCCCAAUUUUCCAAUUUUUUUUGGCCACGGUACAGCUCCUUCCCUGUCUAGUCACAAAACCCACAUACAUAAGAGCCUUAUUUCACAGAUUUUAUAUGCAAUUAGGAAACCCCCCCACCCCACCCCAUAAAAAAAAGGGUACGAAACCAAAAUUCACUACCUUAAGCUAUAGCCAAAACAUCAAACCAACCACCAUGCGUAAAAGGUGAUCUCCCCUACUACUCUUUAAAGAUUUGAGUGUAAAUCAUGGAAAUGCUUCCUUCCUCUGGUGUUCAGUAUGUUGGAGAAUCUGAUCAUUCUCAGCAGAAUUCAGGAACAGUUUUUAUUUAUGCUGGAGAAUCUAAUAGUGAUGAACAUGGAAAACAAGUUCACAUGGUGGAUGGUGGAGUGAAUAUCUUAUCACUAAAUGGGGAAGGGUCUCAAAUACAUAGACAAAGUGAUGGCCAAGGGGCAGCAAAUGGAUUACCUCUCUCCGAAGGACAUCAAUGUGGACCCUCAUAUUCUGAUUGUCAGGUGGAGAGCCAAAAAUUAUCUGGUGAUUCUCAUGAUUUUGAAGAUGAGGACUUGAAUGUACAGAACUCUUGUACAAAACCUUGUGAAGCCCCUGAGAACUUUCAAGUAAUUGUGGAUACUAUUGAAAGUGAGCCAACUAAUGGUAGGGAUGAAGAGUCAUCUCUUUCAGAGCCCAAGUGGCUAGAACAUGGUGAAUCUGUGGCAUUGUGGGUCAAGUGGAGAGGGAAGUGGCAGGCUGGAAUUAGAUGUGCAAGGGCAGACUGGCCAUUAUCAACAUUGAAAGCAAAACCAACUCACGAUCGAAAGAAGUAUUUUGUUAUAUUUUUUCCACAUACUAGGAAUUACUCCUGGGCAGAUAUGCUACUUGUCCGAUCAAUCAACGAAUUCCCACAGCCUAUUGCAUAUAGGACACAUAAAAUUGGACUUAAAAUGGUUAAGGAUUUGAAUGUUGCACGGCGGUUUAUAAUGCAAAAGCUAGCUGUUGGCAUGCUAAAUAUUGUUGAUCAAUUUCAUACUGAGGCUCUUAUAGACACUGCUCGUGAUGUGAUGGUCUGGAAGGAAUUUGCGAUGGAGGCUUCACAUUGUAGUGGUUAUUCUGAUCUUGGAAGAAUGCUUUUGAAGCUUCAAAACAUGAUAUUGCAGCAAUACGUAAAAUCUGACUGGCUUGAACAUUCUUUUCAAUCAUGGGUACAAAGGUGCCAGGUUGUACAAAGUGCUGAAUCUAUUGAAUUGCUGAGGGAGGAAUUGUCUGAUUCUAUCCUAUGGAAUGAAGUCAACUCUCUCUGGAAUGCACCAGUGCAGCCAACAUUAGGUUCUGAGUGGAAAACAUGGAAGCAUGAAGUUAUGAAAUGGUUCUCAACAUCUCAUCCUGUAUCUAGUAGUGGAGAUGUAGAGCAGAGGAGCUGUGACAGUCCCUUAACCCUGAGUCCUCAAGUUGGCAGGAAGAGACCUAAGCUUGAAGUGCGCCGUUCAGAGUCACAUGCUUCCCAGGUGGAAACAAGCAGUCCACUUCAAACUAUGGCUGUUGAAAUUGACUCUAAGUUCUUUAAUAAUCAAGACAAUAUAAAUGCUGCUAAUGUAGAAUCAGAGCCUUCUAAAGUGGAAUAUUUUAGAGAGGGAGUUGCACCUACAGAGUCUCGUUGCAGUGUGACUGAUAAAUGGGAAGAAAUUGUAGUUGAAGCUGGAAACUCUGAACUUAUGCAGACCAAAAAUAUUGAAAGGACUCCUAUAAAUGAAGUUGUGGAUGAGAAAACCUUAGAUCCUGGGAAUAAGAAUCGGCAAUGCAUUGCCUUUAUUGAAUCGAAAGGAAGGCAGUGUGUUAGAUUGGCAAAUGAUGGUGAUGUUUAUUGUUGUGUACAUUUAGCCUCUCGUUUCAUUGGCAGCUCUACCAAGGUAGAGGCAAGUCGUUCUUUUAAUAGUCCAAUGUGUGAAGGCACCACUGUUCUUGGAACUCGAUGUAAACAUCGGUCUUUAUCAGGUUCCUCAUUCUGUAAGAAACACAGACCCCGGAUUGAUACCACAAAUACCUCAAAUUCACCUGAAAAUACACUUAAGAGAAAGCAUGACGAGAUUAUUCUAGGUGCAGAGGCCACGCAUUGCAAAGAUAUGGUAUUGAUGGGAGAAGUUGAAAGUCCCCUUCAAGUAGAGCCUCUCUCAGUCAUGGAUCGAGAUGCCUUCCAUGGAAGGAACAUGUUGAUAGAGAAGUUUGAGCAUUCCAUUCCGAAUCAUAGUGGCCAGGAGGUGUUACACUGCAUAGGCUCAAGUCCCUUUGAUUAUAAUGCCACUUGUUAUGACACUCCAAAGCGUUAUUCAUUAUAUUGUGAUAAACACAUGCCAAGUUGGCUUAAACGUGCAAGAAAUGGUAAAAGUAGAAUAAUACCGAAAGAAUUAUUCAUAGAUCUUUUAAAGGAUUGCCAUUCCACGGAUCAAAAGCUGAGUUUACAUCGAGCUUGUGAGCUUUUCUACAAGCUCUUCAAAAGUAUUUUGUCCCUGAGAAACCCAGUUCCUAUGGAAAUUCAGCUUCAAUGGGCCUUGUCUGAAGCUUCUAAAGAUUUCAACAUUGGAGAACUCUUGUUAAAGUUAGUUUGUGCUGAAAAAGUGAGACUCACAAAUAUAUGGAGCUUCAGUGCUAAUGAAGAUGUACAAGUUUUCUCCUGUGUCAAUGAAGAAUCAACAAUUUUGCCCUUGGCUGCUGAUAGUAGCCAUGAUGAUGAAAAAUCAUUUAAAUGCAAAUUUUGCUCAGAGGAGUUUCUUGAUGAUCAAGAGCUUGGCAACCACUGGAUGGACAAUCACAAAAAGGAAGCCCAAUGGCUAUUUAGAGGUUAUGCCUGCGCCAUCUGCCUGGACUCGUUUACUAACAGGAAACUUCUGGAAACCCAUGUGCAAGAAAGACACCAUGUGCAAUUUGUUGAACAAUGCAUGCUUCUUCAUUGCAUUCCAUGUGGUAGCCACUUUGGGAAUGUUGAAGGGUUAUGGUUACAUGUCCUCUCAGUCCAUCCCGCUGAAUUCAGGCUAUCAAAAGUGGCUAAUCUGCUGUUGGGGGAAGAAAAAGAGAAUUCUCUGCAAAAACUUGAACAGGUCAAUACAACUUCUAUGGAAAAUAACUCAGAGAAUUUAAAGGGUAUCCGAAAGUUCAUAUGCAAGUUUUGUGGCUUGAAGUUUGAUUUGCUGCCUGACCUUGGCAGGCACCAUCAGGCUGCUCAUAUGGGACCGAAUCUAUUCAGUUCUCGACAACCAAAGAGGGGGGUUCGUUAUUAUGCUUAUAGAUUAAAAUCUGGAAGACUUAGCCGUCCUAGAUUUAAGAAAGGUCUGGGAGCUACAACGCAUAGGAUGGGGAACAGGGCCAGUGCUAGCAUGAAGAAACAUAUCCAGGCAUCAAAGUCACUUAGCCCUGUGGGAUUAAGUUUACAGUCUCAGGUAACUGAGCUAGCAACACUUGGUAGAUUGGCAGAAUCCAAAUGCUCAACAAUUGCAAAGAUAUUGUUUUCCAAGAUUCAGAAGACCAAACCUCGUCCUAAUAACCUUGAUAUAUUAGCUGCUGCACGCUCUGCAUGCUGUAAGGUGAGCCUAAAGGCCUCACUGGAGGGGAAAUAUGGAGUGUUGCCUGAACGUUUGUAUCUCAAGGUAGCCAAACUUUGUAGUGAGCAUAAUAUUAGAGUGAAGUGGCACCAGGAGGGAUUUAUUUGUCCCAGAGGAUGUAAGAGUUUUAAGGAUCCAGGAUUACUAUCACCCUUGAUGUCUCUUCAUAAUGGUUUUGUAGGUAAACAGUCUACACAUUCAUCCAACUAUAUGAACAAGGCGUGGGAAGUGGAUGAGUGCCAUUAUGUCAUUGAUUUGUACGAUGUUAGAGAGAUUCCUAGACAAAAGUCCAUUGUCUUGUGCAAUGAUAUAAGCUUUGGGAAGGAAUUGAUACCAAUAGCUUGUGUAGUAGAUGAGCACCUCCUAGCAUCUCUUAAUGUCUUUGCAGAUAGUUCUGACAGUCAAACUACUAACUUCCCCAUGCCCUGGGAAAGCUUUGCCUAUAUCACAAGGCCAUUGCAUGAUCAAUCUCACAAUCAUGUUGUUGAGAAUUUGCAAUUGGGGUGUGCUUGCCCUGAUUCAUUAUGCUCUCCUGAAACAUGUGAUCAUGUUUACCUCUUUGAUAAUGACUAUGAAGAGGCAAGAGAUAUAUAUGGGAAACUUAUGCAUGGCAGGUUCCCAUAUGAUGAUAAAGGGCGGAUUAUAUUGGAGGAGGGUUACCUUGUUUAUGAGUGCAAUCACAUGUGCAGGUGCAGUAAAAACUGCCCAAAUAGGGUUUUGCAGAAGGGAAUACGAGUAAAGCUGGAAAUCUUUAAAACAAAGAAUAAGGGAUGGGCUGUCAGGACAGUCGAACCAAUCCUACGUGGCACAUUUGUGUGUGAAUAUAUUGGGGAGGUUUUAGAUGAGAAGGAGGCAUAUGAAAGGCGUGGCAGAUAUGGUGAACAAGGUUGCAGGUAUAUGUACGACAUUGAUGCUCGUGCCAAUGAUAUGAGCAGAUUGAUCGAAGGACAGGUCAAAUAUGUGAUUGAUGCCACCAAGAAUGGGAAUGUUUCACGGUUCAUCAAUCACAGCUGCAUGCCAAAUCUCAUGAACCACCAAGUUCUUAUCAACAGCAUGGAUUCUCAGCAUGCUCAUAUUGGUCUGUAUGCAAGUCGAGACAUAGCUUCUGGUGAAGAACUAACGUACAAUUUUCUGUAUGAUCUGCUGCCUGGAGAAGGGUAUCCUUGCCAUUGUGAAACUUCCAAGUGCAGAGGGCGCCUGUACUAAAUCUUGAUGGACAUUGAGUUCUUGUGGUCUUGUCUGCGAAUAAUAAGGGAGACGGGAGAUUUGAGUCCAUUCCCUGCAAGCCAAAUUUAUGGGCAGACCAAAUCAUGAGUAGCUCAUUGAGUGGAUCAAAGCUAACAAUAACUUGGUCAGGUUCCUGUGGCAAUGGUACCAUACCAGGGCUCCAGCAUUAAGGAAAUUUUGGCAAUCCCACCAAGUUGUUUGUGUCUAUUCACAUUUAUAUACGAGGCAGAGGAAACCUCAUUUUCUUUUUGACCUAUCAUUUUCUUUUUGACCUAUCCUUUUCUGUAACAGCGAGCACUGAUGCCAACCUGGCUAAGCUUCUAGUGUAGAAGGUGAUUUUUUCUGUUUGAAGUUCUUAGGUGUAGUGUUUGUUUACCGUUGGUGCCUAACAUGUUUGUUUACCAUUUCUGAUGAAAUUGGACAUGGAUUUUUAACUUACAAGAUAGCCAAUUCGAUGAAUGAUUUCAAAAA